GAUGAAACCGCGCUAUAAUUAGUUUCAAGGUCCGGGUUCUUUCGAAUGGAUAGUUUAGUAAGUACAUUGUUUGUCAUCGUCGUUCCAAUUUCCAGCUCUUAGAUGUAGUUUCGGCAGCAAAGUUUGGAUUAAACCUGUAUAUAGACCUCUUGUGUGAAUACAAUUUCUCUGUCUUAAUAGUAUCAUCUAUAACCUUUAUGCUCAUUUUGUCAGUUUUCGAAAUAUCUGAUGGCAGGCUUGUAUGUUCCUUUUUUGCCUGUUUGAGAAAGACCCCUUUCAUAAGAUCGUACAUUAAUAAGAAGAUAGAUGAAGCUUCAAAAGAAAUACAUAAGGAGGUUCAUAAAAAAACCUCACAUAUUGUAUUUGAAAAGAACCUUCCAAUCUGCGGACAAACUGUGGAGAAUGUACUCUCAAGUGCCCGGAAGUAUAAAACAUUGGAAUAUAUAAAGUGGAACGAAGGCUUUGUUUCUGGAAGCGUUUACCCAAGAGAUAAUGCUCUUACAGUUUUGUGCACGGAUAUCUAUAAGGAAUUCCUCUGGACAAAUCCAUUACAUCCGGAGCUUUUUGUUGAUAUUCGACGAAUGGAAGCUGAGGUUGUACGUAUGUGUGUUACAAUGUUCCAUGGAGAUAAAGAUGCAUGCGGUACUACUACGUCAGGAGGAACAGAAAGCAUUCUUCUUGCAUGUUUGGCCUAUCGUCAGCUUGCACGUGAACAUGGUAUCAAACACCCAAAUAUGGUAAUUCCGGUCACAGCUCAUCCGGCAUUUGAUAAAGCUGCACAUUAUUUUUCUAUUAAAGUAAUUCAUGUUCCAUUGGAUCCUAUUACGUAUCAAGUAGAUAUGAUUGAAAUGAAAUCAUCAAUAACCGAUGAUACAUGUAUGCUUGUUGGUUCAGCACCAGGAUUUCCCCAUGGAAUAAUUGAUCCUAUAGAAGAAAUUGCUAAAUUAGGUCAUAGAUAUAAUAUACCAGUUCAUGUGGAUUGUUGCUUAGGUGGUUUCCUUUUACCUUUUAUGGAAAAAGUUAGUUAUCCAAUUGGAGAAUUCGAUUUUCGGUUGCCCGGUGUCACAAGUAUAUCAUGUGAUACACAUAAGUACGGGUUUGCACCAAAAGGCACAUCUGUUAUAAUGUAUAGAAAUCAAUAUUACCGAUCUAAACAAUACUUUACACAGACAACUUGGCCUGGUGGCAUAUAUGCUUCAUCAACUUUACCAGGAAGUCGACCUGGUGCGUUAAUUGCUACUUGCUGGGCAACAAUGAUGUAUCAUGGAGAAAAUGGUUAUUGCAAAUCUACCAAACGUAUCAUCAGUACUACUCGAUAUAUUAUAAAUGAAUUACGUAAAAUACCGGGUAUUUUUGUAAUUGGUGAACCAAAUGUUUCCAUUGUGGCAUUUAGUUCAAAUAAUUUUGAUAUAUAUAAAUUAAAUUAUUUAUUAUCAGAUAAACCAAAUGGACGCGGUUGGAAUUUAAAUAAUUUACAAUUUCCACCAGCGAUUCAUUUAUGUGUUACAGAUAUGCAUACAACAAAAGGUUGUGCAGAACAAUUUAUUCAAGAUGUAAAAGAUGUAGCUAAAGAAUUAAUAAAACAACCAAAUAAAAAAUCUGAAGGUUCAGCUGCUCUUUAUGGAUUAUCACAAAUGAUACCGGAUCGUUCAAUUGUCACUGAAUUAGCUCAUUGCUAUUUAAAUGCAUAUUAUGAUACACCAAAUAAUGUAUCAUAAUAAUAAUAAUACAAGAAAGACAUUUUCUAGUGUUUAUCUUAUAAGAUCUAAUAAUACACUAUUAUGUAUACACUUUUUUCUUCAAUUCUAUACAUCUGAUAUUCAUUGAGUAUUAUUCAUACAUAGUAUUAACUCUUUUCUGAAGAAGAUGAAGAAGAAGAAGAAAAAGACGAAAAACAAAGAAUCUAGACGUUUAUACUACUGAAAAUAGUUUUCUUUUUAUUCAUAGAAGCUUUAACUGGACAAUUUUUAAUUGUCAUUUAUUCUAUGUGUAUUUGACUUUCUCAAUUGUUUCACUAAUUUUCUGUUUAUUUACUUACUUUUAUUUAUUUAUUUCGCCUAUAUAAUGGAGUUAUUUGAGAUUUAAGUGUAUUUGAUUGGGGUUUUUGUUUGGAGGUUAAUAGAAUAAUAUAACACAUAAAUAAAAUUCUUGAAUGUGAAUAUUUUCAAUUAUUGAUAUCAGUAUAGGAGUUAUGGAGAUUAUUAAGUUUUUGAUUCGGAUCAUGAACCGAUUGGUGUUAGACUACCAUUGGAAACCUGGAAGCACUGUAAGGCCGUUUCAUCCUAUUGCGGAACUCCUCAGCAGUGCGCGUCUACGAUCCCGCUCGCGGGAUUCGAACCCAGGGCUCUCAGUCACGCGCGCGAACUCUUAACCUACUGGAUCACUGAGCCGACCGGCAUCCGAUGGUGAUAGUGUCUAACAUCAACCAAUCCAUGAAUUUGGACGACUAUCUUCCAUUGUACUGAGGUAGAUACCUGUCUCUACUCGACAUGGGCGAGCGGGUCCUGGAUUCGAACCUCGCGAUGCGGGAUCGUGAAUGCGCACUGCUGAGGAGUCCCAUAAUAGGAUGAAACGGCCUUACAGUGCUUUCAGGUUUCCAAUAGUGGUCUAACAUCAAUUGGUUCAUGAUCUCAAUAAAAAAUUAUUGAUUUGUUUUGUGCUGAUUAUUCAAAUGAGUAUCAGUGUUUGUUUGUUUGUUUAUGUAUCGAUGUGUGUGUGUGUAAAUAUGUUUAUGAAUUUAGAUUGAUUUACCAAAUAAGUAGAUCAUAAUAAUAUCUGUAGAUAUUAGCCCUAUUUUAUUGAUCUUUGAAGAUAGCCUACAUUACGGACUAACUUUAGCAAGAUAAUCAGCAAAAAAAACAAAGAACACUAGAUGAUUAUUAUUUCGUCAUGAUAUGCGACUUCUUAAUAAUGACAACUUCUAAAAAGAUCGAAUCUAUCAUCUUCAGACAUAUAAAUCGAUUUACAUUUACAAAUUCAGGCACUAUAAUAUCAUGUUAAGCCUCCAUGAUAUAUUGACAUCAAUGAAACAGUUUAACAUUCAGUAUAUUAAAUUGGAUGUUAUCUAAUAACGCAAAUUUGACUUCAAUAGUUCAAACCUAAAACUUUACUUAAAACAAUUUGUCCCUUUGAUAAAUUUCGAUAAUGUAAUAAGACGAAGAUUAUCAGUACUAUGUGAUGACAUAUAUUAGCGUAAUACAUUUCGAACAAUCUGAUCACACAUUACAUACUUGUUAAGAACAUAUAAGGUAUAUUAAAGUUUAUUGAAACCUUAACCAUACAAAUAUUCAAACCCCCUUUGUGUAUUCAAAAACAGUUUGUUCUCACCUUAAACCUACCCUGGUAGUAUUAGCUUAUUAUUCGUAAAGUGAUUAGGUGUCAAAUUGUGUUCACAUUAUUAUUAUUAUUUUGAUUGAGAUCAUGAACCGGUUGAUGAUGUUAGACCACUAUUGAAAACCUGGAAGCACUGGACGGCCGUUUCGUCCUAUUG